CAAACAGCCGCGGAGUGAAAGGGAAGAAAGGGCUGCCCACGCUGCUUGCCGUGACCCGGAAGUGAUCCUCUCAUUCUCCUCCCCUCCACGGUUAAGAAAGGAGAAGGGCGGCUCGGUCUGGCCCGGCAUGCCUUGGGCUUCCGGUGCCCUCUGGCCCUUUUCUGUCGUAGCCUCCUGCUUCCUAGCGUGCUCGCCAGCUCUCAGCCUUCCCUCCCUCCCUCCCUCCGCGUUCCCCCCGCACGCUAACCGGUGACUGUGGCGCCCGCGACCCGCGGAGAGGCGGUGGCGGAGGACGCUCGUCAUGGCCGCCUCUAAGCCUGUAGAGGCGGCGGUGGUAGCCGCGGCCGCGUCCGGUUCCGGGAGUGGGGUGGGCGGCGGCGGCGCGACCGCGGGCCCGGGCACAGGGGGCCUGCCGCGAUGGCAGCUGGCGCUGGCGGUCGGGGCGCCCCUGCUGCUGGGCGCGGGUGCCAUGUACCUGUGGAGCCGGCAGCGACGGCGCAGAGAGGCCGGGGGUCGAGGCGACGCCGGCGGUCUUAAGCGCAACAGUGAACGGAAGACCCCGGAGGGCAGAGCCAGUCCGGCCCCGGGCAGCGGACACCCCGAAGAUCCCGGUGCCCACUUGGAAAUGAACUCUCUUGAUAGAGCCCAAGCAGCCAAGAACAAAGGCAACAAGUAUUUUAAAGCAGGGAAAUAUGAACAAGCUAUUCAGUGCUAUACGGAGGCUAUCAGUUUGUGCCCUACAGAGAAGAAUGUUGACCUUUCCACAUUUUAUCAAAACAGAGCUGCCGCCUUUGAACAGUUGCAAAAAUGGAAAGAGGUGGCACAAGAUUGUACAAAAGCUGUUGAACUUAAUCCCAAAUAUGUGAAAGCCCUCUUUAGACGUGCAAAAGCCCACGAGAAGCUAGACAAUAAGAAGGAAUGUUUAGAAGAUGUCACUGCUGUAUGUAUAUUAGAAGGAUUCCAAAAUCAACAAAGCAUGCUUUUAGCUGAUAAAGUUCUUAAACUUCUUGGAAAAGAGAAAGCCAAAGAAAAAUACAAGAAUCGUGAACCUCUGAUGCCAUCUCCACAGUUUAUCAAAUCUUACUUCAGUUCUUUCACGGAUGAUAUAAUUUCUCAACCCAUGCUUAAAGGAGAGAAGUCUGAUGAAGAUAAAGACAAGGAAGGAGAGGCUUUAGAAGUGAAAGAAAAUUCUGGAUAUUUAAAGGCCAAACAGUACAUGGAAGAAGAAAACUAUGAUAAAAUCAUAAGUGAAUGCUCAAAAGAAAUAGAUGCUCAAGGCAAAUACAUGGCAGAAGCAUUAUUACUACGAGCUACCUUCUACCUGCUUAUUGGCAAUGCCAAUGCAGCUAAACCAGAUUUAGACAAGGUCAUCAGUUUGAAAGAAGCUAAUGUGAAGCUUCGAGCAAAUGCACUCAUCAAAAGGGGCAGCAUGUACAUGCAGCAGCAGCAGCCUUUGCUCUCUACUCAGGAUUUCAACAUGGCUGCUGACAUCGAUCCUCAGAAUGCAGAUGUUUAUCAUCACCGAGGACAGCUGAAAAUACUGCUUGAUCAAGUUGAAGAAGCAGUGGCUGAUUUUGAUGAAUGUAUUAGAUUAAGGCCUGAGUCUGCUCUGGCACAAGCUCAGAAAUGUUUUGCAUUGUAUCGCCAGGCAUAUACAGGAAACAAUUCUUCACAAAUCCAAGCAGCUAUGAAAGGUUUUGAAGAGGUCAUAAAGAAAUUUCCCAGGUGUGCUGAAGGCUAUGCACUAUAUGCCCAGGCAUUAACAGAUCAACAACAGUUUGGUAAAGCUGAUGAAAUGUAUGAUAAAUGUAUUGAUUUGGAACCAGAUAAUGCCACAACAUAUGUUCAUAAAGGUUUACUUCAACUUCAGUGGAAGCAAGAUCUGGAUAGAGGUUUGGAGCUUAUCAGCAAAGCUAUUGAAAUUGAUAGUAAAUGUGAUUUUGCCUAUGAAACCAUGGGAACUAUUGAAGUGCAAAGAGGAAACAUGGAGAAAGCCAUUGACAUGUUCAACAAAGCUAUUAACCUGGCCAAAUCGGAAAUGGAGAUGGCUCAUCUGUACUCACUCUGCGAUGCUGCCCAUGCACAGACAGAAGUUGCAAAGAAAUACGGAUUAAAACCACCAACAUUAUAAAAUAGGGGGAGGGAACAUGAUCCUCUUCAACUGAACCCUAAAGACAUUGUCAUGAACUAUGUUGAAUGGUGGAACUUAGUAUUUCCUGUUUGUGCUGCUGUCAUUCGUUACAUCUGUUCCAUGUUUAGGUGUGGGAGUGGCUGCUGAAGGAAGUGUGCAGUGUUGCAGCUUUAUUCCCUGUGCAAAAGCUUACGACCUGUUAAAGGGUUACUAAAGUUGCAAAGAGUACAAAUGAU